AAAACAAAUGCGUCAGUAAGUCGCGCAGCUUGUUUCUAGGAAGGUGAACGUCGCACUCUCGCCUGAUACUCGAUAACAUAUUGUGACCAUGUUGGUGGCGAGGCUGUCGUGCCUGAGGAGUCUUCCUCUCGUCGGGCUGCGUCCUGUGCUGACCCAUGGCUCUCCAGCCCUGAGAGCACCGACCCUGAAGGCCUGUCCACCCCUGCUCAGGCCCCAGCAGGGUUAUUCAUCUAAGGCCAGAUUUGGUUUCCGCCGUGGGAAAAUGACCAGGGACCAGCUCAAAGAGGCAGCUUUUGAGCCUGCAAUGGAUACCGCUCUUCGAUUUGACGGCAUGGGAAGAAUUAUUCUGGCUGGAGGUGCAGCAGUUGGCCUUGGAGCUCUGUGCUACUACGGACUCGGCAUGUCCAAUGAAAUCGGUGCCAUUGAGAAAUCAGUGAUCUGGCCUCAGUAUGUGAAGGACAGGAUCCACUCCACCUACAUGUACUUUGCAGGCAGUAUUGGACUGACGGCUUUGUCAGCUGUAGCAGUGAGCAGAACCCCGGCACUUAUGGGUCUGAUGAUGAGAGGGUCCUGGCUGGCUAUUGGAGCAACAUUUGCGGCUAUGAUUGGUGCCGGCAUGCUGGUUCGGUCCAUUUCGUAUGAGCACAGCCCAAUGCCCAAACACCUCGCUUGGAUGGUCCAUGCAGGUGUGAUGGGAGCCGUCAUCGCUCCCCUCACUCUCCUCGGAGGACCUUUGAUGAUUCGGGCCGCCUGGUACACAGCAGGAAUUGUGGGAGGUCUGUCCACUGUGGCCAUGUGUGCCCCGAGUGAGAAGUUCCUCAAUAUGGGCGGGCCAUUGGCCGUCGGCUUCGGAGUGAUCUUCGCCUCCUCUAUUGGAUCAAUGUUCCUGCCGCCCACGUCGGUGUUCGGAGCGGGCCUGUACUCAGUGGCCAUCUAUGGAGGCCUGGUCCUGUUCAGCAUGUUCCUCCUCUAUGACACACAGAAGAUCAUCAAGAGGGCAGAGACGCAUCCACCCUACGGCGUACAGAAAUAUGACCCCAUUAACUCGUGUAUGGGGAUUUACAUGGACACAAUGAACAUCUUCAUGAGACUGGUGAUGAUUCUGUCUGGUGGUGGCGGCGGCAAAAGGAAGUAAACAGCAGCAUUUUGACUUUAGCCUCAAUACUACCCUCCACAGAGCUGAACAAAAUCAUAUGUUAUUACGAGCAGCAUACGCCAGGUGCUAAUUCUUAGUGACGAGGCUUAUCCGACUGGUAAAAAUUCAUGAUUGCUUUGCAAGAGUGUGAAGAAGAGUAUUGCACUUUCUGGUGCAAACGAGGAGAAAUCGUGUAUAUUAAUAACACACUGGGGGCUCUUAUGUUGAGUGUGGAAUAUCUGGUUUAUCAUGGGGUUAGAAAUGGGUCAAAUCUGUCAGCAUCAUUCUACCUGCCUCAUAUAUCAUUUGUAUUCCUGUUUUGUAUUUAUUUCAACUUGAUGGUUUCUGUUUCUUAUGUGAAUAAAAGUUAAAGAAUAUGUGGAACACGCAGCAGACAUGCUACACACGUCAGCCCAGAGACUCAGAACUGACUGCUCUUGCUCUAGUAGACACUCAUGUUGCCCUUUUUUAAAAGUGUUAAAUCAGUUGGCACUAGUUUGUAAAUUUCUGAGAAAAUAUACAGUCAUUUGAAAAAUGUUAUCACUCAAUAAAAAAUAAAGGCUU